AUGGCGAUUAAGACGGAUAUGAGCAAAGCAUAUGAUCGUAUCGAGUGGGGAUUCCUACGAAACGUCCUUGCACAGUUUGGUUUUCAUGAUACUUGGAUUUCUUGGAUAAUGAAUUGUGUAUCCUCUGUAUCCUACUCGUAUCUCAUAAAUGGUGCAGCUCAGGGUCGAGUAGUACCCACCCGUGGAAUCCGUCAAGGCGACCCCCUAUCUCCGUAUCUCUUCAUCCUUUGUACGGAAGUUCUUUCGGGGCUUUGUAAGAAAGCGCAGGCACACGGGGAGAUGGUUGGUAUAAUGGUCUCUCGGAAUAGCCCGGCUAUAAACCACUUGCUUUUUGCGGAUGAUACUAUGUUCUUUAGUCGGACAGACGCUAGGAGUUGUUCUGCCCUGCUCUCAAUUCUCAAGAAAUACGAAACUGCGUCGGGACAAUGCAUCAACCUCGGAAAAUCCUCGAUAACUUUUGGAGCAAAAACCCCGGGAGAAGCCAAAAGACGCAUCCGUGAACUGUUUCACAUAGAAAAUGAGGGGGGCAUAGGUAAAUACCUAGGACUGCCGGAACACUUCGGGAGAAAGAAGCGCAAUAUCUUCGCAGCCCUUGUAGAUCGGAUGCGACAGAAGGCACAGAGUUGGACUACUAGAGUCCUUUCGGGGGCGGGCAAAAUGGUGCUGUUGAAGGCGGUCUUGGCUGCUAUGCCUACUCACUCCAUGUCUUGCUUCAAAUUACCUUUAUCGCUUGUUAAGCAGCUCCAAUCCGUCCUUACGAGAUUUUGGUGGGAUCUUUCUCCGGAGAUCAAAAAGAUGUGUUGGGUUUCUUGGAGUAACCUCUCAAAACCAAAAAAUGCCGGGGGACUUGGAUUCAGAGAGAUAGCACAAUUCAAUGAUGCGAUGCUUGCAAAAAUUUCUUGGAGGAUCCUAAAGGAGCCAAAUUCUCUGCUCGCAAGAAUAGUGAUGGGGAAAUACUGUGGGAAGUCUCCUUUCCUUGAAGUACCGGCCACUAAUGGAAUAUCUCAUGGAUGGCGGGGUAUCCUGCUGGGGAGAGACCUGCUAUUAAAAGGGCUUGGGUGGGCCUUGGGGUCGGGACGGGGAGUCAGCAUGUGGACUGAGCCGUGGUUAUCUACUUCUGAACCUGUAUCCCCAAUAGGGCCUCCUACUCGUGUGAAUCAUCUUUGGAAGGUGUCGGAACUAAUAGACCCUAUCUCUAAAGACUGGAAUGUAGCUGUUAUUAAAGAAAACCUACCUCAGUAUGAGGAGGAUAUCCGUAAGCUCAUUCCUAGCUCCUUCCAGCUGGAAGAUGAUAGAGUUUGGUUACCAAACGCAAAUGGGAGCUACUCAACAAAAUCAGGAUAUGCGAUUGCAAAGCUCUUCAAUGGCAAUGAGAAGGAUAGGGAGUUUGAUUGGAAAAAGUGUGUUUGGCAGGUUGAGACCACUCCGAAAAUUAAGCACUUCCUCUGGAAAUCAAAUUGCAAGGCGCUACCGGUUGGUUCCCUGCUGGAAGCUCGUGGACUCUCGGUUUCUCCAGUCUGUCGACGUUGUGGUGCUCAGGAAACUGAGUUACAUGUCUUACUCCAAUGCCCUUUCGCUGUAAAGGUCUGGGAGUUGGUUCCAGGCCUCCACAAACCAUCACAUAUCAACAUCGAUUCGAUUGGCCAACUCCUUCUACACUGUAGAAGAAUGAUAUCACUCCCUCCAACAGGUUUAGGAGGCACCCCACUGUAUCCUUGGGUAUUGUGGGUUCUUUGGACCAAUCGGAAUAAACUUCUGUUUGAGGAUAAGAAGUUCUCGGAAGAGAACUCAGUGCUGAAAGCGAUUCAAGACGCUAGAGCUUGGAAGGCUGCUCAGACUUAUGUCGAAAAGCCUUCUUUACCACCCGCUGUGGUCCCAUAUGGUCCUCUACCUACUGAUAAUUCUUAUACAUGGUCUGUUUUCUCAGAUGCAGCUUGGGACUCUUCAACAGGUAACUGUGGCAUGGGCUGGCAACUCCGAGAUUCCUUGGAUGUGUGCGCAGAAACAUCUUCCUCUCACCGACGUUUUGUGCCCUCGGCUCUUGUGGCUGAGGCUCUGGCGGUUAAAGCUGCAGUAACGGCAGCUCUCUCAUCACAUGUUAGUAGUCUUCGUGUCUACUCGGACUCAAAGUCUCUCAUCCUGCUCUUGAAGUCUCAGGGACAAGAUGUUAGCUUGAAAGGCGUACUCCAUGAUAUCAAAAUCUUGGCGCGUUCUUUUGAAUCUAUCUCCUUUUGUUUUGUUCCGCGUUUAGCGAACUCUGUUGCUGAUUCUAUUGCUAAAACUGCUCUGUAUUCUCUGCACUCCUCUGUUCUUGUAACAGAGUAA